CCCCAAUAACCCACGCCCACCCUGUGAGCGGCGCGGCGCUUCCGCUUCCUCGGCGGGGCCGCCAUGGCGCCGCUGCCCGGCUUCCAUCUCCGCCUCCUCCUCCUCCUCCUCCUCCUCCUCGUGCUGCUGCUGCUGCCGCCCGGCCCCGCCGCGGGGCUGCAGGCGCUGGGCGAGGCGGCCGAGAUGGCGGCCGGGCUGCGGGCCGGGCUGCCCGAGCUGGAGCUGGUGCUGACCGGGCUGGAGCCGCCCGAGCUGGAGCCGCCCGAGCUGGAGCCCGAGUGCCGCCGGCUGCUGGCCGCCUUCGCGGAGGGCAGCGCGGCGCUGUCGGGGUGCCUGGCCCGCCGAGCCCGCCCCGUGCGGCUGUGCCAGGCGUGCCGCGGGCAGUACCGCAGCCUGCUGGGCCGCUACCGGGACAUCGCCCGCGCCCUCGGGAAUUCUUCUGAGAGCCACAAUUGUGCCAAAAGCAUCUUGACCUCGGACAGGCUGCAGAUAGUUGUGACCCUUUCAGAGUUCUUUAACGAAACCUGGGAGACAGCCAACUGUGCAAAUUGUUUAAAGAACAACAGUGAGGGAUUAUCAAAUUCUACUGUAGAAUUCCUGGAUUUAUUCAAUAAGUCUCUGACAUGUUUUGAACAUAACCUUCAGGGACAAGCCAUCGAUGUGUCACCAAAUAACUACACCGAAGUAUGUAAGAACUGCAACGGAACCUACAAGAUGUUGAACGACCUCUAUAACAACUUGCAGAAGCUGAACAGACAUGGCAGUGAGUCUGGACACUCCGCACACUUGUGUAUCGAUGUGGAAGAUGCAAUGAACAUCACUCGGAAGCUUUGGAGCAGGACUUUCAACUGCUCCGUUCCCUGCAGUGAUACGGUCCCGGUGAUUGCAGUUUCAUCCUUCAUCCUCUUCCUACCUGUUGUUUUUUAUCUUAGUAGCUUCCUUCACUCAAAGCAGAAGAAACGGAUACUCAUUCUGCCCAAGCGUAUCCAGUCAAAUGCCAGUCUUGUGAACAUCCAAGAAAAAUACAGCUGAGCUGCAAAACAAAACCUGAGAACUGCUGCUGGUAUACAGUGGGUACAAUUGUGUUGGAAUGAGGCCGGCACAAAAGAGGAGUUAAUUAUGGUUUAGUGUAAUGAUACAGAGCAACACAAGUUAAACAAAAUGCUGUCUGACUUCUAAGCAAGGAUAUUAACAAACGUGACAAGGCAGGGCUGUGUGACACUGUAUGGACUCUGGCUUUGAAAAAUCUGUGUUUUUUUUUUCAGUCUCAGGCUGAAGCUGGUGUUUUUCUCUCUAAGCUUUUGUACUUCUCACCAGUAGAAUAGCUAUACUUUCUUUGCAUGUUUUUUUUUCCUCUUUAAUUUAUCAUAUUUGAUUCACAGAAACCUAUCUGAGAUUCUGGAUCUUUUUGAGGUGAUUUUCGUAGACAGGAAAAACUUGAAGUAAUAUUUGAUGUUCCUGUUUGAAACAUUAUUUCCAUGUAACACUCUGUCUUGUCAGACUUGGAAUGGACAGGAAACCUUCAAAAAAAAAUAAAAAGUUCCUAUCUUUUUGAUCUUCUCUCUAAAGUCAUGCUGCUGCUCAGCUGAUUGUAAUGGUCUCUGUGAAAAGCAUGAAAUAUGCAGAGGAAGUGGUAAUACAUAAUGUUUAAAGCCAGCAACAAAAGCAACAGAACUGCCAGUGCUAGACGUGAAUAGUAAUCAUUGAUGACUACAGUAUUCAGCUAUCUCUGAUAUAAGUGGCAUAUUUAGUCAUUUGCACACUUCAACCACUAAAAUAUUUGCUUUUCAAAUGUUAUAUUUUCAGAGGCUUAUUCUAGGUGUCUGCCCAGGUCAUUGGGAAUGCAUCACUAUCUGUUUAUUGCGUUGUUUCCUUUGCCUUUAAAGUGUGGUGUUUUUUUUUUUGCUUUUAUAAAGUAUUGAGGUAAAGUCAAGUCACUGGACAUGCUGAAUUUCCUAGUCUAGAGCUUGCUGUGGCUUAAUACAGAGGUAUUUACAGGAGUGUGGUAGGGAAAAAAUGGUCCUUUCAUGCAUAACAUGUAUUGUACAGGUAAAUGAACCAGGGGGUUCAUGCAACUUGAAAACUGUCUUGAAGGACAAUGAAGAUGCUGUGCUUGGAAUUUGAUGACUUUCAAGAAACAGUCUUAAAAAUUAGCCCUGUGAAACAGAUGAAUAAUAAAUACAAGCAUGUGGAAUUCCAAAGCAGAUGAAAAAGCUGUACAGUAACUGCAGGGAUGGGUAGUGCUGCUGACAGGCAGUGGGUACGGUUCAACAAGCAGCAGCUGCAGUGAUACCAGAGGUUCGAUUUGGCUGAUGAUGGUGCUAAUUUGGGAGAGUGAUGGGGUUGAAACAACUUAUAGCUGUACUUGAUGUUAAUGAAUGGCUUUGCUCCCAUUUGGAAAUAACUGUUUUUUAUAACCGUGAGAUAAAACUAAAUGGCCAUAUCAUCUAAAAAUCAAAUUUCUCUUGAAACCUGUGUGUCUGACUGUGGUCAACAACUGUAUGAAAGUCUUACGUACUUGACUUGCAUUUGAGCCUAGUUUGUUUAAUUAUUUCUUUGCACAAGGGCUCAAAUACAUAUAUAAUGGUUUAACAAAACAAUCCUAAAGUCAUCCUAGUCAUCGUGUUUUUUUUUGGUUUUGAGCCAUGACAUACUGUCAGUUUUAAAGUCAAGUUGACACUGUGUGUUUGUUAUCAAGUAAAAUACUGUGUUAGUGAUUGGCUCCAUCCACAUGACUGCUUUUUUUUUUUUUUUUUUUGCAUUCUAUGACUGAGAAGUAUUUAUCUCCCUCUGUUAAAUAUGAAUUACUAGGUCAACAGUCAGUUUGUUCUAGGUAGCUUGUAACAAUAAUAGAAAAGUUUUUCUUCUGGUUAUUCUAUAGUUACUUCCUUGUGGCUGGGAGAGGCAUGUUGCCUGUAGGAAAAAAGACAUUUAAUAUUUUUUAUAUCUGUUAUUCUUAAACUUCAACUUUCUGGGACUUAUUCAGCUGCCUGCUCUAAUAGCAUUACAUCGAUUUGGGACAUCAUAUGAUUGAGAGCUGUUCAAAACAAUCUUUCAUUCAUGCAAAUAAAGCCAGUUUGUAUGUGCAGCACUUCAGAAUGACAGCUUUUAUACUGUAAGCGGUGGCUUUUUGAGCACAUUCGUGUUAAGUAGGUCUCAAAGUCAUUACUUCUGGAUAUGGUGGUUAAGCACUUUACAAAAAAAAUAAAAAAUAAAAAAUCAGCUUUUCUUAUUUUCCUGGCUGCUAAGCCAAACGGAAAUACUCAUGUGACUUUUUUUUUUUAUUUUAAAGCAGCAGUAAUGUUUACACUUGAGAUUUUAAAUCUUAUAUCCACUAUUUCUCCUUUUUUUUUUUCCAAACUUUGUACUGCUAACUUGCUUUACACAGUUAUAUUUUUGGUAGGAUGCUUCACAUAUAAAUUGACUGAAUUCUCUUUAUAAUCUUUCCAAGAGUAAUGUGGAAGCACACAGAUGGUGUGUUUGAAGGAGAACUAGAACUCAUUUUGCUGCUAAACUUUCAUCUUCGUUUAUUUUUUGCCUUUUUGGUAUUAUAUGUACAAAACAGUGAACUUUGGAAAUACUGGUUGUUUGUAUCCUUUUGUGCAAAUAAACAUUUCUAACUGUG